CAAGUACAAGUACAUGGAUGCCCAGGAGUUGAACAAGAAGGCGAGCUUGGACGAGAAACUGGCGUUCAUGAUUCAGAUGUAUGGAGAUUAUUAUCCCGUCGUCAACAUCCCAGGACUUGUAGGACACAAGGCUCUGAGAAUGUACAGGCUGGUGAGGGAAACGGUUAGUGAGAGCCAUGUCAGUUGGGGUGUGAGAAAGAACUCUCAGCUGUUGAAACCACUGUCGAUAGCGACUCUUAGAUUCAUGGAGGUCGGCUUGCCGAAGCUCUGGCUGGACGAAGUAAUCCAGAGGUGGCCAAUGUUCGACACCAGACACCUUAUGGAGGAGGAGGAUGAAGUCACUUUCAGUCAACCUCGACCUUUGCAACUCACUAAGAUGUUGGGAAUAUUUUACAAACUUUUAUUCGGCUUUGGCAUAUGCACUAUACUAUUUGUAUUUGAGGUAUUGUGGCUUUGAGGUGUUGUCUAUGGGAUAGUGAUUUGUCAGUAUUAGAUCUGGUGGUAUGCUGAGUGUAGAACGUAGCCGUAAGAUGUGACUUUUGCUGAAAGUGAAUGAGUUUAUUACAGUUUCUUUUCGAAAAUACGUGUGCAAGAUUAUAUUAAACAAUGAUAUCAAUGGAGUAGACGAAACAAAAAAUACCAACACCUUCUUAACGUUUGUACUAUACAAGAAUACUUGAUGUUUCGUUUAUCUCUGUAAUUCAUGACAGAUUUGGUGUCUGUGAUUUUAACAAAAUGGUAGUCUUUUAAAUACUGAGAAUCCGUAACACAUUAUUUGUGUUCGUGCAUUACAAUAAAAUACACAACAACACAAUAAAAGCUGCAUGAUUUAAGGAAUUAUUUGUUAAAAAAUAAUAAACUCAAUAUAAUUUUAAAAUAUUUAAUGGUUUGAUUAUAGUUUAAUAAAGGCUUAUAUGCCAGCGCAGACUUUACAAAUAUAGAACAAAACGUUUCGAGGAUUUGUGUCCAUCAUCUUCUUCUUGUGUUAAGACUUAAGGUAAUAAGAAGAAAAUAAGACAUAUAUACAAAUUAAGAAAGUAAUUGAUAUGAGGUGAUGAAUUUACCUGGUUAACAAGUUGUAGAUCACAAACAUGGAAUCAUUUGCGUGUCCAUAGUGAUUAAAGCAUGUUACUGCUCAGAACAAGCUAUAUUUUUUUAUUAUUUAAAGAGUUGCUUAUUACAACUGUAAUCUGCACAAACCAGAGGUUGGAAAAUAUUCAAAAUCCUUUUUUCCUUUCAAAUUAUCCAUCAAUACCUUAAAUGAAUACAAUUCAUUGUUUUAGUUUAAUUGUAAAUAACAUUUAUACGGCUCUGCUUACAACCACUUGCAAAUUCCCAUACUUAUGAUAUUUUUAUUGAGAUAGGUAUCAUAAUAAUAAACUAUAAAAAAGUAGCAAAUAUCCUGUGUACCUCGAAAGCAUUCAACCAAAAUUUUCCUCGACAAAUUUGAAUUGUUUCAAUUUGGUUAACCCGUUAGGCCGAUUAGCUGAACAAAAACGUGUUUAUGUAGGCCAAAGAGAACAAUUAAUUUUGAUUUGAGGUUUAUUUUUUAAAUUAUAUGACAAGAAAAUAAAUCUAAACAUAUUAUGAAAUUCGAUGUUAAUUGGUACUGCUCCAAAACUGGGUGUGCAAAGAAGUCGUUGUUUUUAUUGUUAUAAGUUCCUUCAAUACAAUUAUAAAUAGGUUAAUUCUUAUAAGUUUUUAGAUGGGUUUAAGGUUUCAAAAUAAAGUAAGUUUAUACGAAGUUCUCACGUCUCAAGUGUACAAUAUAUUCAGCAACACCAGUAUGAACUGGAUGUUGAACACACAUAAUUCAAGAAUUAAUAUGUGUCCAUUUUCACUAGGAGCCGAUUUUAGGUUUGAAAACUAUGUUUCAUGUUUAUUGAUAACAAUUCACAGGUUUUUAAAAUAACUUUCCUAAAUACAACUUUUUCAUCCCUCCACAUAAUAUUAUAGGCAUUAAAAUUAGGCAAUUUGUAAUCAAGUCCAAGUAUAAACUGCUGAAGGCAUAGAGUACAUAAUAUUAAGGA